AUUGGUGAACAGGGGCUCUCCAUUCUCCCAUUUAAAUCUUAGCGGGUUUAAACAGUAAACCCUAGGAGGAGACGGAGGGGGAAAGAGAGAGAGAUGAGGACUUUGGAUGAGAACGAAACCACAGCAGUAUUUGAGAAGCUUUUCAAGUUUGUGGGUAACAACCUCAAAAACAUAGUCGAAAAUCCUUCCCACGAUGGCCCUGAAUCCAACCCAGGCCGUUACUGCUUCCGUCUCCAAAAGAACAAAGUCUACUACGUGAGCGAAGCUCUAGUCAAGCGUGCCACCAACAUUGGCCGGGACAAGCUUGUCUCCCUCGGCACCUGCAUCGGCAAAUUCACCAAAGGCAGCAGCUUUCACCUUACCAUACAGUCCCUCAGUCUCUUGGCUGCUAAUGCCAAGCAUAAGGUUUGGCUAAAACCCACUUCAGAGAUGUCGUUUUUGUAUGGCAAUCAUGUGUUGAAAGGUGGGUUAGGUAGAAUUACCGAGAACACAUCAGCCGGUGAUGGUGUCGUAGUGUUUUCUAUGUCGGAUGUGCCAUUGGGGUUUGGGAUUGCCGCCAAGUCGACGCAGGAUUGCAGGAAGUUGGAUCCGAAUGGCAUUGUUGUGCUUCAUCAGUCGGAUAUUGGGGAGUAUUUGAGGAUGGAGGAUGAUCUGUGAAGCCUGUUGAGAGGGUUUUUUUAUGCAUCUGUUAGUGGGUUGCUUUGAGUAGGCAAUUUUGAAGGGUCUUGUGGAAUAUUUCACUUUUUAUUACAAAUAUAAAUGAAUUUAUAUGGUAUUUGC